AUGGCUUCAUUUUACAUCAACCCCAGCCCCGUCCUAUUAACUACGCCGCAACCCACGGCCGCAAAUAGUAGAUUCUCCGUUGCAUGCACUCCGCCGUCAUUCUGGCCCCUAGGAAUGGUCCAUCUCGCUCGUCAUAACGCACAAAAUGUACAUCUCGCACUGUCUCAAAUCUUCAGCAUAGACUCUAGGCGCAUGCAGUAUAUACUCUGGUUAUCCUCUUCAUGGCCCACCUAAGGACAUAGUGUCAAAUUGCUUUUUCUACUUUAACAUCUUGUUAAAUAGCAUCUUAACAAGUUCUAGACAAAACAUAAAGCCUUGAAUGAGGGUUGAUAGCUGAUCCUAGGGGCCCUCCCACACGGCAUUUUCCGAUAACCGACUGCGCACUCUAACCGCCCGUCGAACCCAAUCUAGACGUUUACACUUCUGGUCCAAACCAAUCAAUUCAGUAAUCGAUACUGCUCAUCUCCUUGAGACUCCUUCUGCCCUCAUUUAUGCACACUCAUACACUUAUACACACCCCAUAUACUACUCAUCAACAUCACUGAAGAAACGCUCCGAGGAUCCCAAUCGCAG